UUCUCGGUAAUGUGUAUUUUGGAGGGAGGAGUUGUUUACUAAUGUUUCUACUGAAAUGAAACUUGAUGAAAUAUAAGGGUUUGGUCUAGUGUAGACAAGUAAAGUGGGUUUCAUAAUAUCUUCAACAGGAGAACAGAAAAGUAAAGUACAUUCAUUGGGCUAUUAUCAGUCGAGUGUCUCUGAGGAUUGUUUACAGUCAUGUCAGACGCUUCGUCCUUCCUGGAGGAGGAUUUGACAUGCCUCAUCUGUUGUGAUAUUUUCACUGAUCCGGUCACUUUGAAAUGUAGCCACAGUUUGUGCUCUGAAUGCCUCCAGCAUUUCUGGACGACCCAAGAAGUGCCACAGUGUCCGGUCUGCCGUAAGGAAUGCUCACACGACGAGCCCACCAAGAGCCUGGCAUUCAAAGCUCUCUGUGAAUCCUUCAAGUCGGGAAAACUCAGAGCUGUUUCAGGAGAUGUUUGUCCACUGCAUAAGGAGACACUCAAACUCUUCUGCUAUGAUGACAAGCAGCCCAUCUGUGUGGUCUGUUACACUUCAAAGAAGCAUGAAAAUCACAAGUGUUCUCCUGUCGAGGAGGCUGUUGAGGAUUUAAAGGAGAGUGUCAAGGAACAAAUGGACAAAAUGCAGGUGAUCCUAGAUGAUCACAAGAAAGCCCAUAAGAGCUGCGUGGAAAAGGCUGAGCUAAUUAAGAAACAUACCAGUGUGGAAGAAAACAAGAUCAAGAAGGAAUUUGAGAAGCUCCAUCAGUUUCUUAGAGAUGAGGAGGAGAAACGGAUCAGAGCAUUGCAUAAAGAAAUGGAACAUCGAGAUCAGAAACUCAAGACCAGAAUGGAGGGUCUGUCCACACAGAUAUCAGAUCUGUCUGAGAGGAUGGCAGCUCUCUGGCAGCAAUUGGAAGCUGAAAACAUCACAUUUCUCCAGAAUUACAGUGAUGCAUUAAAAAAACUCGAACAUCCAUCAGUACCAAACACGACCCCUGAAAUGGAGGAAUAUCAACACUAUCCCAUUCAGACAAUAAUCUUCACCACCUGGGCCAAAAUGCGAAACAUUGUAGAACAGCCUUCUGUGACGCUUGACCCCGACACAGCCUCAGAUAAACUGAUGGUGUCACAGGAUCGCACCAGUGUUCAGUAUGCGGAAAAGAAAAUGGAUGUGUCUGAUAUCCCAAAGAGGCUGUAUGUGGGAGUGCUGGCCUCACAGGGCUUCAGCUCGGGUCUGCACUGUUGGGACGUAGAGGUGGGAGACAACAACAACUGGACGUUGGGAGUGAUGGGGGAAACAGUGAACCGCAAAAAACUAAUCAAAAUGGAUCCAAAGAGUCAAUUUUGGUGUUUUCGUUACGUGAAUGGGAAAUAUAAAAAAGGUACUAAACUUGUCCAAGAUGACAAUGAUGACGGCAAUGAGAGGCCAAAUAUCAUCCGACUGCAGCUGGACUUUUAUGAAGGAGAGCUGAGAUUCAUUGAACCCUUCAGGAACAGAAUUUUGUGCAUCUUCACCGGUGGAUUUCCAGAGACGGUGUUCCCAUAUUUCUGUACUGGAGAUUUGAGCAAGCCACUUAAUGUUUUUUUCGGCAAAUAAACAACAGCUGUAAAACACAACUACCAUUUUUUACAGGUUGUGUUUUGUGUUAGGUGCCCUAGAAUCAAAAAUUUAAUUUACCUAGGCAUAGUUGAAUAACAAGAGUUCAGUACAUGGAAAUGACAUACAGUGAGUCUCAAACUCCAUUGUUUCCUCCUUCUUUUAUAAAUCUCAUUUGUUUAAAAGACCUCCGAAGAACAGGCAAAUCUCAACAUAACACCGUCUGUUACGCAACAAUCGGGAUCGUUAAUAUGUACACCCCAAAUAUUUGCAUAUACCAGCCCAUGUUCAAUGCAUUAGACAAGGGCAGCCAGUAUUAACGUCUGGAUCUGCACAGCUGAAUCAUCAGACUAGGUAAGCAACAGGGGACACCUUAGACUUAUAUUACACCUUGUAAAAAACUGGUUCUAGGGCACCUUUGAAACAAAGUCCGUUAGGUCUGUAAGUAUCCCAAUAAUUUUUAGGGUCACUCUAUGUCAAGCCUUGAGAUUAACUAAUCAUGGAAUGUUUUAGUACAUUAAUAAUUAGUAGAGCUGUGUGGAUGUAGUGAUUUAUUGGCCGUUUUUGAUCAGUUUAAAAACAUCGGCAUUUCGGCUAUAGCAUAAAAAUGACCAAUAUAACAAACUAAUAGUUAAUUAAUUAACUGUGUGAAGGCACUGAGUUGUAUAAUGUCUUUUAGUGGGGAAAAAGCAGUCAAUAUUUCUGUGAAGGAGCAAAAUUACUAAUUGAUAAUUAAAGCAACAGCACUGGAAUUAUGCAUCGUGAUCAGUCAAAAUAAUUUUAUGAUGCAGCAAUAAACUAACCGGUAUAUCUUACAUGAGUUUGCAUGCAUGAGUUUUUUAACUUAAAUUCGGUGGGUUUCUGUGACAUUUUCUCCUUUCUGAUACUGUGGAAAAUAACAUAAGAACUGCUCUGAUUAAACUCUCAUGUCAUGAAGACAAGUAAACCAUGAGCUGUCAUAAAAAUUCCU